CAUCUACAUCCUAUCCUAUUCAUAAUGGCUGACGAACGUGAGAAAAACGUGUAUCUCUCUAAGCUCGCCGAGCAGGCUGAGCGUUAUGACGAGAUGGCAUCGUUCAUGAAGGCCGUGGCCGAGACAAAUGUGGAGUUGAGCGUCGAAGAACGCAACUUGUUGUCGGUCGCCUACAAGAAUGCUGUUGGCUCUCGACGGGCCUCCUGGAGGAUUGUCUCCUCUGUCGAGCAGAAGGAGACCUCCAAGGGCAACACGACCAAUGCUGAGAUCGCCAAGUUCUUCAAGGAGAAGGUUGAAACAGAGCUGCAGGGUAUUUGCGACAGUGUUCUCGCGUUAUUGGAGAAGAGCCUGAUACCCCACUCACAGACUGGAGAGUCGAAGGUGUUUUAUUAUAAGAUGAAAGGAGACUACAAUCGCUAUAUUGCUGAAUUCAAUUCAGGCGAAGAAAAGAGCAAGGCUUCUGAAGCUGCUUUUCAGGCAUAUAAAGACGCCACGGCUAUUGCUCAGUCUGAUCUGCCUGUAACUCAUCCCAUCAGACUCGGCCUCGCCCUCAACUUCUCAGUUUUCUAUUAUGAGGUUUUGAAUCAGCCUGAUGAGGCCUGUAAGAUGGCGAGAACGGCAUUCGAGGACGCCAUCGCUGAGCUCGAUAAUGUCAGUGAGGAUAGUUACAAGGACUCAACUCUUAUUAUGCAGCUCCUUAGAGACAAUCUCACUCUUUGGACAUCUGAUCAGGAUGGUGCAGCCGAUGCUGCGCAGUAGAGCAGAUUGUCGACGAGCUGUCGAGGGCUUCAAGUGGCGGCUAUCAUCCAUAACCUUGCGCUGCUGUUUGACUAAUUAUUGACGUGGAGAGAAGCUGGUUUAUCUGAUAUCU